AUGUCCAAAGUGGCUGGCUUGUCUUGGAAGAAGAGCCGGCGCCUCUUGGAAUCCUUGCGCGACCAGCAGCAGCAUUCGUUGGCCGUUGGGUUUGAGAGUGCCAAUAUCCUCCUCUCUCCCAAGUACCACCUCAGAGACAAGGAUCUGAGAAAGAUCCACAAGGCCGCGCGUGUUGGGGAUGCAGCCAGAGUGCAGCAGCUCCUGCUUGGGAAACAUGGUGUGAACGACAGAGACAAGAAGAAGAGGACUGCCCUACACAUUGCCUGUGCUUAUGGCCACCCAAAAGUGGUGAUGGUCCUGGUAGAGGGAAAGUGUGAGAUCAAUGCCAUUGACAGCGACAGGUGCACAGGUCUGGUGAAGGCUGUGCAAUGUCAGGAAGAGGAAUGUGCCACCAUUCUGCUGAAGAAUGGUGCUGAUCCAAACAUCGUGGAUGCCCAGGGCAACAGUGCUCUCCACUAUGCUGUCUAUUAUAAGAACACAUCACUGGCUACAAAACUGCUUGACCAUGAAGUGAAUAUUGAAGUAAUAAAUAAGAAUGGCUUCACACCAUUUUUACUGGCUGUCAGUGAAAACAAACUCAAGAUGGCAAAAUUUUUAUUAAUGAAGAAGGCUAAUAUCCAUGCGGUUGAUAAUCAGAAAAGAACAGCCCUCAUGCAUGCUGUAAGUCAUGACUCAACAAACCUCGUCAGCUUUGUUCUUCAGCAAGGUGUAGACCUCUUUUUGAAAGACGCCUUUGGGCUGACUGCUACCGAUUACGCUGCUGAUUUUAAAUAUAGCGCCAAUAUGAAAAUCCUUCUUGAAUAUAAAGAAAAGAGAUGUGAGGAGUCUGAAAAAGUGAACCUAGUGGAGGAAAUCUCUGAGGAUGACUCUUCCAGAAGGAAGGACCAAUGGAGCCAGGAAUUGGAAAACAUGAAAAAGGUGAUGUUUCAAGGGAGAAAGGGGAUCACAAUUAGCCUUAUGUUGAAAGAGGGCAUUGAAGCAUUAAAACUGAUGCUGAGUGUCUCUGACAAUCUUCCACUUGUUUGCAUUGGAGCUGAUGGGCUAUUACAAGUAAAUGGUCAAACAGUAGCAGAACUAUGUUUAGAAUUGACCUCAGAGGAAAAGCACAAAGUUCUUGCCAGAAACGAAGAUAACCAGUCUCAGGUAGAAGAAGGAAGGAGGCAGGAGUCUGGUGAAUGGGAGGUACCACAGAGCCUGCACUCUGCUGCUCUUGACCAUGGCGGUGCCGGGUUGUCUCUAACAAGGAAGAAUGGGAAGCCUGGUGGCCAGCAGUCUCCAAGUACAGAGAGCAAAGAGCAGGUUGGUGUUUCUGCCUUGAAUAUAAAAGAAGAAUAUAAAAAAGGACAUGAAAAAUGGUCAUCUGGAGACUUUGUGACUGAACUGACAUCUGAGGAGUCUAAGUCUGUGGCUGGUGAUCUCCUGGGAAUGAAAGAUACUUGGAGUUUUAGUGACAGGGAUCCAGAUAAGGGAAGGCCUGCAAAGAGAAAAUCAAAGGAAAAGCACAAGGUAUUACAAGAAAUGAACGCUCUGAAAGAUGCUGAUGACCUAACUCAGCUGGCUGAGCCGUGCUCAGAGAAUGAGACAGGCCCAUGUUCUAAAAGACAGCAAACAGAAACUGAAAAUGAACCCUGUGAGUUACUUACAAGAAAACCUGAAAAUGUAGAAAACAGUACAGCUGAAGAAGAGGUGAUGAAAACAGAGCCAGUGACAUCAAGAGUUGCAUUAAAACAAAAAGAGAAGAAGAGAGAAAAUGAAGGAAUGAAGACACAGUUAUCAGGAAAAAAUGAGCUUUACACUAAAGGCACUGAAAAUCAGCAAUGCGACAUGGCUCUGAGGAUCCUGCACAUUAAAGUAAAACAGACUUUGAAGCAGUUGCAAGAGGCGCGGGAUCGACAGAGAGAAGCUUUACAGAGUUCUCAGCAGAUGCAGGACCACUUGCAGAAGCUUCGAGCUGAAUGUUCUGGUGCAGAAGUUACAGUACAAGAACAAGGAGAGAAAAUCGCAGAACUUCAGAAGCUCUGGGCAGUUUUGACCGGAGAAAAAGAGGAACAGCUAAGGAAGCUCGGCAAAGUCAUGCUUUCUCUGAAGUGUUCUUUGGAUCAAAAGAAGAAUAAAAAUGAAGAAUUAGAGAGGGAGCUCACUGAAAUAAAGAAACACUUAGGAAUAAUGAGAAAGAAAUUGAAUGACCAUGAAAAUGGAGAAUUUAGUUGCCAUGGAGAUUUAAAAACUAAAGAACUUGAAAUGAACAUCUCAGUGGAUAUGUUAAAAAACGAGGUCCAUGAAUUGACGGAAAAAGGGGCAACUAUAAUGUCCAAAUAUCUACCUCUGAAUGUACAGUUUAAAUACAUUGAGCAGGAGUUGUUAUCAAUAAAAAUAGCACAAAAGCAAUAUGAGAAGCUGCACAAAGAUCAGAAGAUGCUGGAAAGAGAUGCUCUAGCCCUGCAGCACCAGCUCCGAGAGACCAUGGCAAAAUCAGAAGAUAAAAAACAUGCAAGAGCAUUAAGACACCACAAUAACGAUUUGGUAAUGAGUCAAAUGGAACUCAGGAUUGAAAAUCUUGAAUCAGAGCUCGAGAAAAUGGAAGCGGAGGAAGAGUCCAAUACAGAAAUGACACAGCAAUACAAGCAGCACUGUGUCAGGGAGCAGGAGCUCAGCAAGACAUUAUCUCAUACGCUCAACAAGACUAAUAGAAAACUAAGUAAAGUCAGAACAGACAUUCUGCUGGCGACAGAACGGAACAGAACUGUGCAGAACACUCUUACCGCAAGGCCUGCCCCCCAAAGUCCUGGUGUUACCAAGCAUAGUGCUGAUGUAAAAUGCAAGCCCAGCUUCACUCCAAGCAGAAACCCAGAGCCUCCCACAUCCACCCUUCAGCCUUCACCUCUGUCUAUACGGAGGAGUCUGCUCAAGGUUAUCCAGGCAAAAACUAAACAGAGAAGUGCUGGAGCUGGUGAUGGAUAUUUACAGAAUGUUUCGCUCAAACACAAAGAAAAUGCCUUCUUCUUAGCAGCUCAUGGAAUCCUCUCCAAAGUGGACUGCGAGCCCAGCUACAAGUGCGUCGACCUGUUAGAGGAGGGCGCUGGUCUCGCCAACCUCUGCGGUCACCAAGGUCACCAAGGUCACCAAGGUCACAGUACCGUGAAGGCCUAA